AUGGCUGAGAUGCAAGACACUACCAAUCAUCCAUCACCGGAUGAUGAGAAUGGACAUCUAGGAAAUUCUACAAAUAAUAACGUAGCACAACAAAUCGACCAAGAUCAGGUAGAGAACUUAAUUGAUUUAUGCCAAAAGAUGGCUCAAUGUACGGCUAGUUUAGCUGUUAAAAUUGAAAAAAUUCCCAAAAUUGAAAAAAAUCAACUGCCACCAGCGCUUGAUAAAUCCAGAUAUUUAAAUACCGUUUGGAAUAACUUAACCAAAAUCUAUCAUAAACAACAAUUAUUAGUUAAAAAUGUUAGCAAACUUUUGGCCAAUAAUCCUGACUAUUCCGAUGAUGUACCAAAUGAUCAAGAUAAUAAAAUCACUAAUCCACCAAACCAUCAAAAAUUGCCUAUGACGGAGAGUGAAAUCAAGACCGAAAGAAAUCAUCAACAAGUAAACACCAACAUAAUAAUGGAUGAUAUUAGAAAGAAUUUAUUAGCUUAUUUACAAAAGAACAAUUUACAAUGCCAUAUCGACGACUUAACACAUCACUUGAAUCUAAGCCAACCGAUGCAAGAUUUGAUAACUGAAACUUGUGAUUUAAGAAACCAAAUCAAGGAAGUAGAAACAAAAUAUGAUAAUAGCCAGGCCACUAUUGAUGAUUUGCAAUUAGAAUUAGAAAAGCUUAAAAAUUCGGUCGAAAGUGAAGCCUCCGCUUUAAGAUUUGAAGCUAGUUCGGAUGCCUUAGAAAAACAAACGGCGCUCGAUACCAUCAAUCGAUAUGAAAAAGAAAAACAUCACCUUUUGGAAGUGAUAGAACAAUAUGAAUGUAAUAUGCAAGAAAUGAACUCUCACAUGCAGUAUCAAAAUGGAGAAAUCGCGUCGAUGAAAGAAAACUAUGAUACCGAAAUUUCGAGACUACAAAAGCAGUUACGAGAAACUAAAGAAGAAGCGAUCAAUAUGGAGGAUGAACUUUUACAGGUAACACGGGGUAGAGAUAGAGAGAGGGCUAACGGAGUAAAUCUUAAGAUUGAAUUUGGAGAUUUUAAGGAAAGAAGUAUUUUAAGUGAAAAGAGAUUAUGCGAAGCGUUGGAACAAUUACGACAUGAGAAAUUUACUUUAAAAGAAAAGCUAAUGUCACUUAAUAGAGAAAAUAGCAACUUGUUGAGAAAGUUAGACUCGUCUAAGCAACAAACUAAAAUAGCAGAAAAAUGGGUUAAAGAUAGCGAGGUCGCAAGAUGUAUGCAAUGUUCGUCUCAAUUUUCUGUACUUUUGAGACGACAUCAUUGCCGAAUAUGCGGGAAAAUUUUCUGCCAUAGCUGUUCUGAUUACUGGAUUGAAACUCCACAUGAUCGUAAACCUCUUCGCUCAUGUCAAAAGUGCUAUAAGAAUUACUUGGGUGAACCACCUGAAACUGAAAAAUUAAAUGUUAGCGAUGUCAUUACAAUUCCUUGUGAUCCUGAAAAAGAUUUAUCUAAGGAGAAACGGUACCGUCUGAUAGCUAACAGUAGAGGACAACUUAUAUACGAAAGUGAAAGCGAUGCAGAGGAUGAUGCAGAUCUUACUAGUAGUAAUGGAAUUGUAUUUACUACAAAUCAGUACACUCUUACCGAUAAGCAAGAUCAAUUCGAUGAUGCUACCUCCGAUCGAACAGCCGAAUGUAAAACACACCCAAUGAAUAAACAAAUCGAAAUUGGUGCCAAUGAAUGCUUUCGUAUACCCCUAAAUAUUACUAGUAAUCGCACAUUGAAAUGGAAUUUUCUUACAGAGCAGGCAUUAGUUCCAGCUGCUGUAACAAAUUCACAUAUAAACAUGAUGACUGGAACAGUAAAUGCAUUUAGGCCAGGAAUGUAUAUAUUAGAGUUCAAGAACGAUUCUCAAAGGAAUAGCUGUUGCCAAAUUGAAUUAAACUUGAAAUAA